AUUCAAUCCAUGAAUUCAAAUGGAAACCUGCAGGACCCGAGAAUCAGUAAACGCAAAUGCUUAGCCAGCUACCCUUACUGGAAAAUAAUAUUAUGAUAUCAUUAUUUUAUUGGUUUUAUUUAAAGUUUUAAUAGUUUUAUCGGAUUCCGACGACUACAAGAAAUAGAAGGGUGGUGUAGAAAACUGUUUUAUUUAGUCUGACUUGGGUAUGUUAGCUGGCUAGUUUGCGAAUGCUAACUAGCUGAGCUCAGGGGGAGGGGAGAGUUUCUUUGCUCUGAAAUUGUGUUAGAUUACAUCAUUUUGUAGUGGGGUUGUGGAGUGGUUAGUGUACACUCAUUGUUUAUGUUAUAUUAAGUUGCGUAUUUUGGAGUAAAGUAAGGAAAACGGUCUCGAAGUGGGGUUGAUGAAUGUGUUAGCGUAGCUAGCUAGUUGUUAGCUGGCUAACAUUAGCUGGCUAGCAAGACAGAAAGACUGGUCAGCUCGCUAGAAGCUAGCGUAGUGGCUAGCCAUCAACCGGUUGUAUAAAGAACUUGCAGUUAGCAUCUUAGUUUUAUGGGGUAGUUGACUAAAUACUCAAUAUCCAGAUCGACGUAGUUAACUAGUUGAAAAUUGCUCAUAUCGAUAAGACAAUGGAUUGUUCAACCACGCUGUGAGGAUGAGUUCAUGUUUUAUACCAAACGGGGCCAGUUUGGAGGACUGCCACUCCAACCUAUUUUGCCUGGCUGACCUGACUGGGAUAAAGUGGCGCCGUUUUGUGUGGCAGGGGCCUACCUCCUCACCCAUCCUGUUCCCGGUGACGGAGGAGGACCCCAUCUUGUGCAGCUUCAGCCGAUGCAUGGCAGCUGACGUACUAAGCGUGUGGCGGAGACACCACACCCCAGGCCGACGUGAGCUCUGGCUUUUCUGGUGGGGGGAUGACCCCAGCUUCGCAGAGCUCAUCCACCAUGAGCUGUCAAGUGAGGAGGAUGGUGAGUGGGAGAGUGGCUUGUCUUAUGAGUGCCGAACGCUCCUGUUCAAAGCUGUCCAUAACCUGCUAGAACGCUGCCUCAUGAACCGCAGCUUUGUCCGCAUUGGCAAGUGGUUCGUCAAGCCUUACGAGAAGGAUGAAAAGCCCAUCAAUAAGAGUGAGCAUCUGUCGUGUGCGUUCACCUUCUUCUUGCACGGGGACAGUCACGUGUGCACCAGUGUGGAGAUCGCCCAGCAUCAGCCUGUCCAGCGGUUGAGUGAAGAGCACCUGAGCUUGGCCCAGCAGAGUGCCUGCCCCUUGCCAGUCAUCCUGAGUCCAUACGGUCUGAACGGAACGGUCACAGGUCAGUCCUUCAAGAUGUCUGACCACCCCACCCAAAAGCUCAUUGAGGAGUGGCGGCAGUUUUACCCCAUCAGUCCCAGCUCCAAGGACCGACCCGAGGAUAAGAUGGAGGACGCCGACUGGGAGGAUGACUCGCUAGCGGCCGUUGAGGUCCUUGUUGCGGGAGUGCGGAUGGUGUACCCUGCCUGUCUGGUAUUGGUUCCCCAGUCGGACCUCCCUGCCCUGGCCCCACCGGGUUCAGUCAACCCCUUAGCGGUCCUGUGUGGGAGCCAGCAGGGCCACGGGGCUCACAGGGACCCUGCCAUGUCCUCCGUCACCCUCACCCCUCCCACAUCCCCGGAGGAGGCCCACACAGAUUCUCAGGCAGCCCAGAGGUGGUUGAAGCUCUGCUCGAUAGUGGAUGGCUUCAGCUCAAACAGCAGCCGUAUCCACAGUGGCAAGAUACCCCGCAGGCUGGCUGCCCAGGUGGUGGAGAGUGUGUGGCAGGAGUGCAAUACCAACCGGGCCCAGAGCAAGAGAAAAUUUGCCACUUUGACCAACGGUACCUGUGAAGAGGAGGGAGACAAAACAGGAGUGUGGGAUUUUGUGGAUUCAUCACAUAGGACGAACUGUAACUGCUCAAGGCAUAAAAACCAGAAGCAACGAUCAGGCAGCACCUCAGGACAUCCCCCAUUGGUGGGCCAGCCUCCACAGCCACCCCCCAAACACAAGUUGGGUGAAAAGCUGGAGAAGGGGGAGAAACAGCAAAAGAGGCCCCAGACACCCUUCCACCACCGCAGCUAUGUUUUUGAGGAGCUGGCCAUGGAGCCCCAGAACCAGAGGCAGUGUGUGAGAACCCAAGACGAGAGCACCUACCCCAGUCUGCACCAUGUGGACACGGCCCCUUCCAAAGCCCCCACAUUGCACACCCAUGGGCCCUCCCAAGACCUUGCUGGCUCCCCCCAGCCGCCGCCUCUAAGUCCUCACCCCUGCGAGGGUGGGGAGGAAGACCCCGGAGCGAUGAAGAGCUCGUCCACGCCCAUCCACCAACACUUCUACCCCACCACUUCCGAGCCCUGCCUUCUUCCCCAGAAGACCUCGUCGGACGAGCCCCACAUGGAGCACCUGCCUUUCCCCCCAGCCUACCCUGAGCCCUUGGAACCAACGGUCUAUGUGGGUUCAGCCAUCAACCCUAAUGAAGACUCGGCCCACAACCCCUGGAAGUACUUCAACCUGCCACGCAAGAAGAACUCUGACUUCCUGACCCCACUGCUGCCUGUUGACAAACUACGGGAUGACACAGGGGGAGGAGCGUGGCAGGAGAAUGUUGUCUCGGUCACAGAGUUGAUGUCAGGAUCCGGCAGGCAUCUGAAGGUGUCUCAGGAUCUGGUGAGGACCUAUACCCAGAGGAGGAACAGCCACCUGGUGUCCGCCAUGGCAGACGAGGAGCAGGAUGAGGAACCAGACCCCUAUGCUUUUGUGGAGGGAGAUGAGGAGUUCUCCUUCACUGACAAGAAGGACAAACCAGGCUCAGAGAGAGAGCCCGGCAAGAGACACAGGGGCGAUGAUGGCAGUGGUUCCUCAACAGAUGAUGGUCAGGGUGGAGCUGGCAGUAAGCCCGUAGCUUCUACCAGUCUGAUCCACGAGACAGACCUAGCCGUGUCCAUCAACGACCUGGACAACCUCUUCAACUCAGACGAGGAUGAGCUAGCUCCUGGAUCCCGGAGAGCAGGACUUCAUGGAGCCGAAGACAAGUUUGGCAGUAAGGAACAUAAACCAGCAAAUCUGGACCCUCUGUCCUGCAUAAGCGCCGCAGACCUGCACAAGAUGUUCCCCACCCCGCCGUCCCUGGAGCAGCACAUCAUGGGCUACUCCCCCAUGAACACCGGGGGUAAGGACUACGGCGGCCUGGAGGCGGGGGUGGGCCUCACCCUGCUAGACGGUGGCCAUCUCAGCAGCCACUACAAGAUGGAGGUAGAAGAAGGCUUCUGCAGUCCCAAGCCCUCUGAGAUCAAGGACUUCUCGUUUGUGUACAAGACGGAGGCGUGCAAGGCGUUUACGGGAUGCUCCAUGUUUGCUCCGCUGAAGACCCUACCCAGUCAGUGUAUGAUGCCCAUGAAGCUGCCUGAAGACUGUACAUACACCCCCAGCUGGACCCUGGGAAAACUGGAGCUCAUACCCCCCGUGCCCCCCUUGGGCCUCCUCACCAAAGACGGGAACAUCCCCAGUGUGGAACCAGACUACCAGAGCUAUACACCUCAGACCCACACCCCCUUCAUGUCCAACAGUGCCCCGCCCAGCAACAGUGGCGCGGGCAUCCUGCCGUCCCCAGCCACCCCUCGCUUCUCCGCCCCCACCCCACGCACUCCCCGCACCCCGCGCACGCCGAGAGGGCCCGCCAGCGUCCAGGGAUCGCUGAAAUACGACAACUCUGACCUGUACUCGCCCGCCUCCACCCCAUCCACCUGUAGACCUCUCAGCUCGGUAGAGCCAGCCACGGUGCCCUCCAUCCCCGAGGCCCACAGCCUCUACGUCACCCUCAUCCUGUCGGAGUCGGUCAUGAACCUCUUUAAGGACUGCAACUUCGACAGCUGCUGCGUGUGCGUGUGUAACAUGAACAUCCGCGGGGCCGACGUGGGGGUGUACCUGAACGACAACGGGGAGGCCCAGUACCCCUGCACCUGCGGCUUCAGCGCCGUGGUCAACCGCCGCUACGGCAGCUCGGCCGGGCUCUUCCUGGAAGACGAGCUGGACGUGGUGGGGCGCGAAUCGGAUGCGGGCCGAGACUCUGAGAGGCGUUUCGAGGAGCUGCAUGCCUCCUCCCUACACAGGACAGGCAACCCCAAGGAGAGGCCCCCAGACGAGCUCAUCUUGCUGCUGCAGGACCAGUGCACCAACCCCUUCUCCCCCGUGGCCGGGGUGGAGCACCGCAAGGCUCUGUCCUCGGCCCCGUCUUGCUCCUCCCUCCGCGUUGAGGAGAGGGACUGCUAUAACGACUGCUACAUGGCUCUGGAGCACGGCCGCCAGUUCAUGGACAACAUGUCAGGAGGCAAGGUGGACGAGGCUCUCGUUAAGAGUACGUGUCUACACCAAUGGCCGAAACGCAAAGUUGCAGAUGUGAGCAGGCUGUUCUCCCAGGAUGUCCUGCGGGUGCUUCUCUCCCUCCAGCCUGUACUCCAGGAUGCCAUCCAGAAGAAAAGGAGCGUACGGUCCUGGGGGGUUCAGGGACCGCUCACCUGGCAGCAGUUCCACAAGAUGGCCGGCAGGGGAUCCUAUGGCACAGAUGAGUCCCCAGAGCCACUGCCCAUCCCAACCUUCCUGGUGGGCUACGAGUAUGACUUUGUGGUGCUGUCGCCCUUUGGCCUGCCUUACUGGGAGAAACUGUUGCUGGACCCCUUCGGCUCCCAGAGGGACGUAGGAUAUGUAGUUGUCUGUCCAGAGAACGAGGCUCUGCUCCGUGGAGCUAAGAGCUUCUUUAAGGACCUUACAGCCGUGUAUGAGGCCUGUCGGCUGGGCCAGCACAGACCAAUCUGUAAGAAUCAUGCAGAAGGCAUAGUGCUGGUUGGUACGGCCGAGGGGCGGAGCCUGGCAGAGCAGCCACUCAGUGACUGGUUCCUCAAGAUGGCCAGCAGCAACGGGAACACUGAAGCGUUCAACAAACUCAAACUCUACGCCCAAGUGUGCCGUCAUGACCUGGCUCCGUACCUGGCCGGCCAGUCUUUGGACGGCUCGCUGUUAAACCAGCGCAGCCCCUCCGAGGCCUCCGCCCAGAGCCACAGCUCCACCAGCCCCUCCGAGGCCUCCGCCCAGGCUCACAGCUCCACCACCCCCUCCUCAGGUCCCCAGAGCUCCAGCACUACCAACAGCACCCCACCCUCCUCAACCACCACCACCUCAGGCCCCCAGGCUGCGGGCGGGAUGGGGGGUCUAGGGAUGCCUUCAGCCAAACCCAGCGCCUACACCCCGUUCGGGACGUCAGGUGUGCCGGGGGGCGUCUCCCAGAACGGGCCCCAGUCGAGUGCACAGAGCGCGGGGGAUAACGGCUCCGCCGCCAACCAGCCUCAGGCCAGCACAGAGCCCGUAGAGACCACGUUGGAGCGAGACAAGGUAGGCGUCCCUACAGAUGGCGAAUCCCACGCCGUGACGUUCCCCCCGGCCAUAGUGGUCUACAUCGUGGACCCUUUCAGCUACGAGGACGCCGACAAGGAGACGCACUCCAGUGUGUGGACGCUGGGUCUGCUGCGCUGCUACGUUGAGAUGCUCCAGUUCCUGCCGCCUCACAUCAGGAACUCUGUGUCCCUGCAGAUCGUCCCCUGCAGGUACCUGUUGCAGCCGGUGCGUGUGGAGGAGCGCCACCUCUACGGUCAGCACCUGAAGUCCCUGGCCUUCUCCGUGUUCACCCAGUGCAGAAGGCCCCUCCCCAACAACACCAACAUCAAGGCUCUGACGGGCUUUGGUCCUGGCCUAGCCAUCGACAUGGCCCUGAGGAGCACGGAGAGGCCAGAGUGCCUGCGUCUGUACACCCCGCCGUUCAUCCUGGCCCCCAUCAAAGACAAGCAGACGGAGCUCGGCGAGACGUUCGGCGAGGCCUCGCAGAAGUAUAACGUGCUGUUCGUUGGCUACUGCCUGUCACAUGACCAGCGCUGGCUCCUGGCCUCCUGCACGGACCAAUCAGGGGAGCUGCUGGAGACGUGCAUCAUAAGCAUCGACAUGCCCAACAGGGCCCGGAGGAAAAAUGGAUCCGCCAGGCGAUUGGGCCUGCAGAAGCUGUGGGAGUGGUGUCUUGGCUUGGUGCAGGUGACAUCAUUGCCCUGGAGGGUGGUGAUUGGCCGCCUGGGCAGAAUGGGCCACGGAGAGUUGCGAGACUGGAGUAUUCUGCUGAGCAGAAGGAACCUGCAGUCUCUCAGCAAGCGCCUGAAGGAGACCUGCAGGAUGUGUGGCAUCUCAGCCGCAGACACUCCCAGCAUCCUCAGUGCCUGUUUGGUUGCCAUGGAGCCCCAGGGCUCUUUUGUCAUCAUGCCAGACUCUGUGUCGACAGGCUCUGUGUUUGGCCGAAGCACCACUCUGAACAUGCAGACGUCCCAGCUGAGCACUCCUCAGGACACUUCCUGCACCCACAUCCUGGUCUUUCCCACGUCGGCCAUGGUGCAGGUCAACAACGCCACCACUGAGCAGAACAUAGACAUCGCCUUCAACCCCAUCAACCCAGACGGUUCAGAUGGGAUGGGCUUAUUUGACCUGUUUGAUAACGACAUGGUGGACCCCGACCUCAUCAACAUUCUGCCUAACUCCCCCACCACCUCCCCUGUUCACUCCCCCGGGGGACACUACCACCAGGGGGGAGACGGCAGCAAGGGCCAAAGCACAGACCGUAUGGAGUCCCAUGAAGAGGCCCUGAACAUCCUGCAGCAGCCUAUGGCUCUCGGCUACUUCAUCUCCACCGCCAAGGCUGGCCCCCUGCCUGACUGGUUCUGGUCAGCCUGCCCCCAGGCACAGGACCAGUGUCCGCUGUUUCUCAAGGCCUCCCUGCACCUCCAUGUAUCCUCAGUCCAAUCAGAUGAGCUUCUCCACAGCAAACACUCUCACCCUCUGGACUCCAACCACACCUCUGAUGUGCUCAGGUUUGUACUGGAGCAGUACAACGCCCUCUCCUGGCUGACGUGUGAUCCUGCCACUCAGGACCGCCGCUCCUGUCUGCCUGUUCACUUUGUGGUGCUCAACCAGAUGUACAACUUUAUCAUGAACAUGCUGUGAACAAGGGAUCACAUGGGACCUGACCCAGAGGAAUCAAGUGGACCCCAUCAUGAAAUUAAUUGGAGGGUAUUUCCUUUUGUAGAUGGACACAAUGUUUUCAGGAUUGGGCGGGUUAUAAGGAAUCACUGUCCAGCCAGUGUCCAUGGCAACACUGGAGGUGUCCUAUCAAUCAAUUGCCAAGUGUCCAUUUAACAAUUUUGGAUGAUAAGGGACUUUUCAUAAAGGAGAAUAAAUUAAGUCUUUUUAAUGAUGAAUCUUCCGAUAAAAUUUUAUCCUAAUGAAAUGCCUGCAUAUAUAUUAUUUAUUGUACGUUUUUAAAUGUGUAAUUUUUAUUUCUUAAUAUCUUUUAUAUAUUAAAAAUUCUAGAGGGUGUGUAUUGCCAUCUCACUUUUAAAGGAAUUGGUUUAAGAUGUAAUGUAACUUUCUGCUGUAGGCCGCUUUUAGAGUAUUAUUUUUUCAAAGGGUAAUUGACCUUUUUAUUGCCAUGAUGUACAGAUGAAGUAGCCUGGGCAUUGACCUCCCUCCCUUUGAGUGGACAGGACUUACAGCUCAGCCAUAGUGGCAGUCUGUUGCACACUUAUUCAAUGCAUUCAGAUGAACAGGAUAUGAGGUACAGAUUGUCAGAUUAUAUAUUUUAUAUGACAGAUUUAGAUAAGUGUGUGUGUGCUUGCGUGCGUGCGUGCGUGCGUGUGUGUGUGCU